UACCCACCUCACGCAUGCUCCUCCUCCCUCCAAUGACAAUGGGUAGAUCACUGCCAGGUUUUUUUAUACUGUGAGUAGAUCGCAGUUGGACAUGCCUGACAUAAGCUAUCAGUUGUAGUCCCACAGCAGAAAGUUGGCUUUUGCUUUGUUUUUUUGUUGCCACAGGGAAGAGAUACAGGAAACAUUUCUUCAUAGUGGUGUUAAAACCCUUGAAACAUUGUUUGCACUCUUUUUACAAAACAGGAAUUCUUUACCACUCAUUUUGCUCUUUCUUGGGCUCAAGUUAUGGCUCCUCCUCCACACAUUUCUAAUGGAUGAUGAAAGUGAGGUGGGUAUCUUACAGAGUUUUCUGGAGGCUAGAAGGAGUUGCGGCUCUGAAUUUAAGCAACAUAUAUUAUCUUCUGCUGAACUGGUCUGUCCUUGUCAUACAGGAGGCAGCUCUUUAAAAGAAAAUAUAUGUAGCAUUAUUUUAUUAAAACCACCCUCAGGCCAUGAUUUCAUUUACAACUUCACUGGCUUCUCUGACAGAAAGGUAUCACUUAUGCUUGAAUUAAUUUUUAAAGACCAAAAAAAAAAACUCAAGAGAACUUAACUUAGUCCUUUUAGAAACGCAUUUAUGGAAGAGUGCUUCCAAUAGCAAGAGCCAAUUUCAUGGGGGGGGGAAUAGGGAUAAUGAACAAUGAACCUAGAUAACCUUGGUUCAACUCUUCACUCAAUUGUAGACUCACUAGAGGCACAGUUUUUACAAUCUUUCCAUUUCAAUUCCUCAGUCCGCAAGAUGGGAUCACUGAUUGCCUACCCUACAGGGUUGUUGUGAGGACAACACUAACAUUUGCAAAGAAAAUUAUGAACAGCAAGUUACUUUUCCUUUUUUUUUAACAUCUGAAAGCUAGAACUGUAUUUGCAUAACAGUGCAAUAACUCAAGACCACAAUUUAGUGAUGUUUACAUAAGCAGUUACUUCACUUAAACAACAAAUGAACAACUUUCCAAAGUAUCUAGUAGAUACACUGCAAAGGAAAGUGGAUGGGAAAAAAGGAACUGUGUAUCAGGAUUAACAGAUUCAAUUCUCAAGGCUAGGAACUAUUCUUUAAGCAUUGUUUUCUUACACACACCUCCUUAUCUACAGUCCUCAUCAGCACCUGCCUAGGAAAUGUAGCAAUACGAUAUGCUAUUAAAUCGUCCUGUUUUGAAGGAAAAUAACAUCUUCCAGUUUCCCAAGUUACUUUCACCUUCCUUGGGGGAAAUCUCAUGAAAAGGCAUCCCCCGCCUACUUACAUCUGACCGAUUAUGUAUUUAGUGUUUCUAUCCAAUUUUUCAGAUAAUUAAUGAGUUGCAGUCAAAGCUAGUCCGUUAAUAGACCCAUUGCACUAAGAAACAUGAUGAUUAGGUUCAUUCAUUUCGAUGGGUCUACUCUGAAUAGAACUUAGUUGGAUAAAACCCAUUGUCUCACAUAGUGACUUGCAUCAGUUAAGAGUAAGAGAGGUGUCCUGCCAUCAGGCUUGCAAUCUAAAAAGACAAAGGACACACAAAGAAGGGAGCAGGAGGGAAAGGAGGGAAAGCAGUUUUUCAAAGACAAAACAAAGUGGUGAGCUAAAAGCAAGUCCUUUUGUCAAGCUUAGGUCAGGCUGGUCUUCUCUGCCGUUCUACUUGGAAUAGGAGUGGAUGGCUCUUGUUCCUUUGGUCCUAUUAAGAACACAAUGGGACAAAUGUGGGGACAAUUUGCAGAUCAGAAAGGAGGUGGUGUACUUAUUUGGAUAAUGGUCCUGAGGUUCCAAGUUACUGUUUUAGAGUAUUUAUUCGUCCUGAAAAUGACAGCUCCACAUAUAGUUCAGGGGAAGUUUGUUUUCAUACCUUCUGUCCUUCAACACAAAGAAGAACUGGUGUACAGACACUUCAAAAUUUGUCGGUGGGGUCCAAUUUUGUAAAAAAAACACGAACCCAUAAAAAUCCCGCCAGGAGUAAGAACACACGCCUAACCACGUCAACUCUGAAGUAAAUUGUAUUGAAUUCAAUGGGGUUUACUCCCAGCUAAUUUGAGAUUAGGAUUGCAGCCUACGUCAGUAAAUUAAAAAUACAUAUUGCCUUUGGAAAUGCAGGUUUUGUUAUCUCUAAGCUUCAGUUUUGAAAAUACUGGCAUUUCGGUCUGACAAGCCGCUACAACAGAGUAGGAUGACAUUUACCGCCCUGCGGGAGCCUUUAACACUUCCCAAUUUUUUGACUGGUGAAUCUUGAUACCAACCUUCCUUUCCCCUGGCAAAUCGAGAACGCUAUCUUGCGUCAGACUUCUUCCGGCAGAAGAGCUUGACCGAGCAUAGAGCGCCCGAUAUACGCCUCUUGCUUCACGUUGACUGGCUAUUCCUCUUAAAGAACGUGAGACGCACCAAUGAGAAUCUCCCAUUUGUUCUCCCUAGCGAACCUACUCUCAUCUUCCGCCUCUUCCUUGAGGAUUCUCCGCCCAUUAGAGGCGCCGACCGGUCACCUGGUGGUCAGAUGCAGGAAAUGGGCAACUUGAAUCCCUCUUGCGCGUUGUCUCUGGUGUCUUUUUUUGUCUCCUCCGAAGCUUCUCCUUCAGCGUCUGCAUCUUGAUUUAUACUUGUCGCAUCCUAGUUCUUGCUAUAUUGCAUAAUGGAGGGACAGCAUAUAAUGGCUCAGGUGCAUAUACAGACCCCAACGUCCUCGUCGUCGUCAUCUGUGGCUGGGGAAGAAUCCAGGAGGCUGAGGGUGGCAGCCCGCGAAAGGAUGGCUGGAGGCCGUUUGUUGGACAGUCAUAGCCUGGAUGGGAUAAGCCAAGUGUAUGGAGCAUCCAAGGCUCAGGAAGGUAGGAGGGCUACCAUAUCCAGCGCUUUGGAGCUAGAAGGGACAGUGAGCCAUGACGGGGACCUGACACACUUUGUGGCCAACAACCUGCAGAUGAAGAUCAAGAUGAGCUCCAGGGGCAGUCUGGAUGACACAGAACCCACCUCCUCAUCAUCAGUGUCGUCGCAGUUGUCUGUUAGGGGCAAAACUGCAGAUAUACCUCCCAUUGACCCGCAGGUGAUUAGGGAUCUGGAAAGGCUCACUAGGGAUGUGGCACAGAAGGUGGACCAGAUGCUAAGAGCCUUGAACAGCGCUAUCCAGAACAUGACAGCCCUCAGCGUUGGGUACAUCCAGACUUACCGGGAUGCUGUAGACAGCUUGGGUGAAUCUGUGGACAUGAGCAUCAAAGGGAUGUACACUCUGAUGGCAAGGUGCGAGGAGUUGGACCGCUCCAUGCAACCUGUCCAUACCCUCGCUAAACAAAUCCGGGAGAUUAAGAGGACUCUGGAAAUCUUUGAGGCGCUUUGCAAGUAGUGCCUCUUUCAAAAAAACUAAUUAACUUGUUCACUGGUGGGGCAUGGAGCGGGCUGAUACCUGAUCUACUGUGAUUCAUACUCAAAAAGGGAAAACUAUGUGGAUGUGUUCUUGCACUAUAAUAAAUGAAGUAUGGCAGUGUU